UUUUGAAAUAUGAUUGGUAGACGCGUGUUCUGGAUGGACAGCCGCAGCCAUGGCAAAUCCUUACCCGUUGUAAAUCGUUAAUUCUUAGUUUACGAUGUUUAGAGUAAGAGUUAAAAGUAGUUGUAUUUAUGAGCCGUUUACUUCGUUAACAGUAGACAGUUUAAACAUGUUUCGUCAGGCUGUAAAGAAACUAGAUACUUUGAUGCCAGAUGCAGGAAAACAGAUUGUGACGACAGCAAUGUCCACAAUUAAAUGUGUGGUAGUUGGAGAUGGAGCAGUGGGUAAAACCUCCCUUUUGGUUUCAUUUACAAACAAGUUCCCAUCAGAACCAACAGUGUUUGAUAACCAAGCUGUGACUGUAAUGGUUGAUGAUGAACCAUAUACCAUUAGAUUAUUUGAUGCUGCAGGUCAGGAUCAAUUACGACCCUUAUACUAUCCCCAAACUGACGUCUUCUUAGUUUGUUUCUCUGUAGUUUCUCUGUCCUCCUUUGAAAAUGUAAAAGAAAAGUGGGUGCCCGAGAUAACUUAUCACGCUCCGAAAACCCCCUUUCUGCUGGUUGGAACUCAGAUUGACCUUCGAGAUGAUCCUUUAACUAUUGCAAGGCUUGCAAAAAUCAAACAAAAGCCAAUCAAACAAGACACAGCUGAACAACUAGCCCGAGACUUAAAGGCAGUGAAAUAUGUUGAAUGCUCUGCUCUAACGCAGAAAGGACUCAAGAAUGUAUUUGAUGAGGCGAUAUUAGCAGCUCUGGAGCCCCCAGGAUCCCAGAAGACAUGCAAAUGUGUGGUUUUAUGAACUGGACACAGAAGGAUCAACAAAGAUGAAUCUGGGUGUAAACCAAUAGGAUUGUUUUAUUUUUGUACAGGUUUUUAAUCAGGAAAGUAUCAGUAGCUAUUACUCAACAGGUUUUUAUCCCCCUAUCGUUUAAUUUGUUACUCAUAUCACAUGAUGAGAUGAUAGAUGUGCAAAUUUUACUAUAGUGCCUUAAAGAGUUUAAUGACGCUUUACAACAAAGAUAUGCAGAUAUGUUAGGGUGGAGUGGGGCAAGUUGUGCCACUUUUUUUAUUUAAUUUGUCUAAUAAGGAGGGCAAUUUUGAAGUAAAUACUGUAAUUUGUGUGUGGAUGUCUGUCCUCAGCUUAAUUUAGAAGACUUGAUGAUAUGAAUAUGUCUUGUGCCAGGUUUGGGGUAAGUUGUGUUAUUUCAAGUGUCACUGGGGAGAUUUUAUUUGAAAUAAAAGUAUGAAAAAAUA